AUGACGAUAAACUCAUUUCACAAGAAGCUUGUUGCCGGAUGUGGGCCGGAGCGUCUGGGUAACAGCUGGGUGGAGAAGACAAGGACGGAGUGUGCAAUAAAGUGUCUGACCAGGUCCUACAGUUACGGGAACGAAUCCACCUACGCCGCCUACUUCAACACUUACAAACAAUUCGCAGACGCUCAAGCCGCCUGUCGGUGUCUGGGUGGCCAUCUCUUCGUGGCCAAAACUGUGGCCAAGUUUGAUCUCUUCAGAUACAUCGUCAACUCCACAGGCUACGUGUGGAUUGGUCUGAACGACAUACAGGUGGAGGGGAAGUUUGUCUGGGUGGACGAUGGUCAAGAAAUUGACCCGGUGGUCAAGACAACUAUUUUUGCGACUUAUCAGCCUGACAACUGGCUUGGAUAUUCCAACUGCGCGUAUGGUUCUAUAUGGGGCGGAAGCUUCGUCCUUGAUGACGCCCCUUGCGAUAAUUGGGCAGUAGUUGUCUGUGAAAAACCAGCGUGCACGUAA